AUGUCUAUGCCUCCGAGCUUUGGAUUUACCCAAGAGCAGGUUGCCUGCGUCUGUGAGGUGCUUCAACAAGGUGGGAGUAUCGAACGUCUAGGACGAUUUCUGUGGUCUUUACCUGCUUGCGAUCACCUCCACAAAAACGAGAGCGUACUGAAAGCCAAAGCCGUGGUUGCUUUUCACCGAGGAAACUUCAGGGAGCUUUACAAAGUAUUAGAGAGCCACCAGUUUUCACCGCAUAACCACACAAAACUGCAACAACUUUGGCUGAAAGCCCACUACGUUGAAGCGGAGAAAUUGCGCGGUCGUCCUCUUGGCGCAGUGGGAAAAUACCGCGUCCGCAGAAAGUUCCCUCUUCCUCGCACCAUCUGGGAUGGAGAGGAGACGAGUUACUGUUUUAAGGAGAAGAGCCGAUGUGUGCUAAAAGAAUGGUAUACUCACAACCCGUACCCUUCCCCGAGAGAGAAGAGAGAACUGUCCGAGGCCACGGGCCUCACCACGACGCAGGUCAGCAACUGGUUCAAGAACAGGAGACAGAGGGACCGGGCAGCGGAGGCAAAAGAAAGGGAAAACGAAGGCGCAAAUCCAAAUGGCCAGAACCAACUGACCUCUCACGUAAACGAAAAUAAAUCUCUAUGUGAUAGUUCAGAGGACGACAAAUCUCCUUCUGCGACCCCAGAUCACAUCUCCAUGAGCCCAGCCAUCCUCAUGCCCUCCAGUUCAGGUCUGCCUCCUCUACACAGCUUUGCUCCUCCGGGCCCAAGCGCUACCAUCAUCCCCGUCAGCAGCUCCGAAAAUCACAGCCACCACCAUCACUUCAGCAUGCACGACAGUCUUCUCAACCCCAUGACGGCUAGCUUUGUGGAACUUGGAUAAUAAGAAACAUCAUACCUGAGCUUGUACUGCGCCCA